GCGCGUCUGACCGCUGCAGUCUCGAAAGGGACGUUUCAGUGCGCCUCCCGCCUGGGCAAACACCAGAAAUCUGAUUUAUAAGGGAUUCGCCUCAGCGUCCAUUCCACGGAGAGCAAACAUUUCUUCCUUCGCCGACCCUCACCUGCCGCCGAACUUUGCCCGAUAGCACACCGGCUUGGUGUCGCUAGAGUAUUGGACCAUUCCGGACUUCACAUCUGACUUCACUGCUACUGCACGCCACAACCCUCACAGAAGAAAGUGACGAGGCAGACGGACUUCUGACGCUCAUAUACUGCACCCCGCAAACGCUUCCCCAGAAAGCCAGCCAGCCGCCCUCCACACUCCACACGCACAGUUCAACACCCUUUCACGCCGGGACCUCUCAACAACCCACCCUCACAGCCAUGGACAUCACGCAGUCCUCCCGCGACUACUUUGCGAUGCCGUCGCCCUCUCCUUCGGAGAAACUCUCCCUCGCCGCCUCCUCAACCGUAUACACAUACCACUGCCUCUGCACGCACCUCCUCCUCGCGACCUCGACGCCCCUCCACGCGCUCCCAACCCGCAACAACUCUGCCGACGCCGCGCACAUCAUGCCGCUGCCGCCACCACCCGCGCCCACAACCAAAGCACGCCGCGGGUCGAACGAGCCUGUCGCCCCGCCCACCGACCACUACGGCCUGCUGCUCAGCACGCGCCUCGAGAACGCGGCGAGCAUGGUGACAAGCGACUCCGGCUUCGAGAAGCGGUACCUCCAGCGGUGCGGGCGGUGCAACCUGGUGGUUGGGUACCAGCUCGAUUGGCAGCAAUUCGGCGGCGAGCGCACGGGCCGCAAGGACGAUGUCGUGUACCUUCUCCCCGAGGGGUUUGUCACGACCAGCGAGAUGAUCAUGGGGAAGACGCCGCCCAAGACGGGCGGCAUCGGCAUGGUCACCGUGGCGGAGAUCAAGACGUGAGGCGCGCACCCUCGUCGACGUCUCUGGGCGGGGCCAUCUCCUUCAUCAGCGGAUGGCGCGAACGAUUUUUCAUACGAACACUUGUACGAUGGGCAUACGAACGGACGGAUUGGCAAUGGCGCACACGGGACGGCUCGAUGGUCACAGCGUGACAUCGGUGCCGGGUUUUAUUUUUGCUUUUUUUUUUUUUGCUUUGCGUCUGUCGUUUUUUAUGCAUGUUACCGCAUUACAGAUACCCCCUUCGGCGAACGCGCAGGGCUUCUCAGCUACAAGAGAGCGCCCAGAUAGAUACAUUGCGUUUGGCAAGUGGACCAAAAACAGUCAGUUCCGGCCAGUUAGACGAAUGAAUGACACAUUACUCAUAUUGAGUCUUCG